UGCAACUGAACUGUAUAAAAGAAUCAGAGCACAGUGACACUAAACUCACAGCAGAAUUCCUGCAUCUUAUCUGGAAUUAUAUAGGUCUCAUAGAAUCAUCAUGGUGAAUUACAAAGUGGAACUGCAUACUGGGAAUAUACUGCAUGCCGGCACCUAUAACAGUAUCUACAUUCAACUGUCUGGUACCAAGGGAGAAAGUGAAUGGACCUACAUCAAAGAAACUGCAUGCCAAGACUCUGUGAUUGAACAUCAAGUGGCCUGUCCCUCUUCCCUGGGCCUUCUGGAGUUUGUUGCAAUAGAAACAAAGCCGUAUGCCCUGCUUGCCUACAUCAACGAUGACUGGUUCUGCUCUAAAGUAGUGGUGACCACCCCAGAGGGAAGCACCAGACACUUCCCCUGUUACAAUUGGCUCUCAGGCUCAGAGAGACUGGUAUAUAGAGAGGCCUCUGGUAAGCUGAUUUUCAAUGACACCUGCCCAAGAGCCCUAAAGGAGAGAGAAGAGGAGCUCAAGAUCCGUCAUCAAGCAUACCAGUGGAGUAUCUAUGCAGACGGCCUGCCUAACAUAAUUAAAGCUGGCAGUGUUUCUGAUCUCCCCGAUGAGGUCCGCUUCUCUUUCACCAAGGAUUCUGAGUUCAAGUUCACCUUCCUCAAUGCAAUGGUGGAGCUGAAUCUACAAGGAUUAUCCACAAACAAGGAACAAUGGAAAAACCUAGAAGAACUUAGUCAUAUAUUCAAUUGCCGUAAGACAAAAGUCUAUGAAUACAUUGAAAAGAACUGGAAAAAGGAUGAGUUUUUCGGGUACCAGUUUUUGAACGGCAUAAACCCAAUGAUGAUCAAUUGCUGUACCAAGCUCCCAGAUAACUUCCCUGUUACAGAAGACAUGGUGAAGGCUUCCCUUUCAGAAAAAAGCCUGGAGGAAGAGAUGCAGGAUGGAAACAUCUUCUUGGUUGACUACAAACGCCUUCAAGGAAUACCGGCAAAUGUGAUCAACGGGAAAAAACACUACUUGGCUGCUCCGCUGUGCUUGCUUUACAUGACCCCGGAGGAGAAGCUCAUGCCCAUUGCAAUCCAGCUGAAGCAAGAGCCUUCUGAGGAAAACCCGAUCUUCCUUCCCACCGACUCGGAGUACGAUUGGCUCCUGGCCAAGACCUUUGUGAGGAACGCCGACUUCUCUGAACAUGAGCUCAACUCACACCUGCUCAGGACUCACCUGCUGGCUGAGGUGUUUGCUGUGUCCACGCUACGUAACCUGCCAAUGGUGCAUCCUAUCUACAAGCUCCUGAUCUCUCACUUCCGCUACACUCUGCAGAUCAACACAAUGGCAAGAGAGAGUCUCAUAUCAAAGACUGGGGCAAUCACACUGAAUGCUAGUGUUGGAGGUCCGGGGAUGUUAGAGUUCCUGAAGAAAGCAGUGGCCGAGUUGACAUACAGCUCCCUCUGCAUACCGGAGGACAUCACUGCACGAGGAAUGGACGACAUCCCCAACUUCUACUACAGGGACGAUGGACUCAAGUUGUGGGACAUCCUCCACAGGUUUGUUCAUAGUGUGAUUGGUCGCUACUAUACCAGCGACUCAGAUGUCCAGAAGGAUGGUGAACUGCAGAAUUGGAUAAAAGAUAUCUUCUUCAAUGGGUUCCUGUCCAACGCCAGCACAGGAAUCCCAAACUCUUUCAGUUUAGUGACAGAGCUGGUCAAGUUUCUCACCAUGGUGAUCUUCACAGCGUCUGUCCAACAUGCUGCUGUUAACAACGGGCAGUUUGAUUUUGGAGGCUGGAUGCCCAACUUCCCCACUGCGCUGCAGCUACCUCCUCCUACCACUAAGGGGCAGUGUACAGAGAAGACCAUGCUGCAGACUUUCCCAGACAUCAAUACCACCGCUAAAGGCAUUGCUACAGUGUAUCUGUUGAGCAAGCCGUCCUCUGACAUUGUCCUUCUUGGAGACUACAAAGAGGAGCACUUCUUUGAGAAGCUCCCAAUACAGAAGAUCAAAGACUUCAAGCAAGAGCUGGAGGUUUUCAGCGCUGAAAUUAAAGUCCGGAAUCAACGUCUUGAACUGCCCUACACCUACCUGGAGCCUCAGAAUAUAGAGACCAGUGUAGCCCUCUAAAACGAAUCAAGUGCUACAGAAGCAAAACCGUUUAAAGUGGUUUUGAUCGGAAUGGUUUCAUUGGAAGCUGAUGACAGUUGAAAAGAAAAAAAGAAACACUUAGAUGUUCAUUCGUCUCUUACAAAUGAGCACUGGCAUAGAUUAUAUACAAAUGUAAUCAUGAGUUCUUUACCAACCCACUCUCUGUUCUCUCCCCACACUUUUCCCUAAACUAAAGAAUCACCCACUUCCUUUCCAGAAUGAUGUUAUCCUAAUACAACCUCUGGGACAUGCGUACAAAAUUGUUUGGGCUUUAAUGGACUCUGUAUGCUGUGGUUUCACUGAACAAUGGAACCUAAUGUUGUUAUGUUGCUGCAGUAUAAAGACGCCUUUUGGUACAGUUUAAACAUGCUAGUGUAAUAAAACCUUUUUUCUA